AUGAGGCCUCGAUCGGGUUCGUCCUGUGGAGUGGGAGGAGGAGCUCUGCUGAGCAGAUCUACAGAAUCAAAUCGACAAGAAAGAGAGGAGGACCUGCCUGCUACUACAGAGAUUAGAAGCCCGAAAUCGCAAAGGACUCCUUCCUUCACCCCGCUUCUGCGUUGUUGUCUUCUUCUUCGACUGCUCCAAAGCCGUCAAUCAUCGCCUUCGCCAGAAACCAUUUGGAGAGCUAGACAAGCGUUGGAGUGGAGGAGCGAGUAUAAGAGAGAAGGACCCACAAUUCCCCAAUGGCCGCCCAACAAAACCACAGAGCCGGUGGUAGCAUAAUCGACUCUCUGGGGGAAGAAAUCGUGAGAAUCGUAACACCGGUCUCAAUCUGCAUGUUCCUGGUGGUGAUUCUGGUCGCUGUUCUCAACUCCGGCUCCUCCUCCUCGCCGCCCACCAUAAACACCAUCGCUACAAUCGCCUACAGCGAGACAACCUCGGAUUCAACCUGGGACAAGCUCAAAGGUGCCCUCUUGAACGCCCUUGUCUUUGUGGUUGUGGUCACUGCGGUUACUUUCCUCUUGGUGCUGCUGUUCUACUUCAGAUGCACUCACUUCUUGAAACUCUACAUGGGUUUCUCUUCCUUCAUCGUUUUACUCUUCCUGGGCGGCGAGAUUGCCUUGUUUCUGAUCAGAAAAUUCAGUGUCCCCAUCGAUUGCUUCACAUUUCUGGUACUGUUGUUCAAUUUUGCGGCCGUGGGUGUUUUUGCCGUGUUCUUGUCCAAAAUGGCCAUCAUUGUGACACAAGGUUACUUGGUCGCCAUUGGGAUGCUUGUUGCUUACUGGUUCACUCUGCUCCCUGAAUGGACUACUUGGGUUCUGCUGGUUGCUCUGGCAUUGUACGAUCUUGCAGCGGUUCUGUUACCCGUUGGCCCAUUGAGAUUACUUGUAGAGCUUGCUAUAUCUAGAGAUGAGGAUAUCCCUGCUCUGGUUUACGAGGCUCGACCUGUUAUCAACCAUGAUCAAGGAUCCCGGGAAUAUGAAGGGCAAAGGAGGGCGUGGAGACGACGUAGAGAAUCGGGAAAUGAUUCCGAAUCCGAUCACAACAUAGUAACUAGUGAUGCGGAGGUUACUGCUCCUUUGAUUCAGAAUAGAGUUAGUUCUGCGGCGGAUGGGCAGGAAAGUAGUGUCGCAUCUACUGAUAAUAGCUUUCUCGAAGGUAUUGGUCUGGGAUCGAGUGGUGCGAUAAAGCUGGGGCUAGGUGACUUCAUUUUCUACAGUGUGUUGGUUGGAAGAGCUGCUAUGUAUGAUUUCAUGACUGUGUAUGCAUGUUAUCUAGCUAUUAUAGCCGGUCUGGGUGUUACAUUGAUGCUGCUGGCACUUUAUCAGCAGGCUUUGCCAGCACUUCCAGUGUCGAUUGCAUUCGGAGUAUUGUUUUAUUUUCUGACAAGGCUUCUGCUUGAAGAAUUUGUUGUACAAUGUUCUUUGAACCUUGUAAUGUUUUAGCAGCUAUGGUUGCAAAUUAAUCACAUUGAUCUCGUUGGCCUUAGUGUUGACUAAAGUUUCAUUGAUCUACCGCCAAAAUAUCUGUGAUGGUAACCUCAAUCAUUGUUACAUUCUCCUUCUGCUCUUGGGUAAUCACAGCAGCAUUCUCCAUGUUCAUCCUCUGAUGAUAUUCUGACCGAUUCCAAGGCGGCAAUUGGGCUGAAUCUUUUUUGUAGAUCAAGGAGAUCACCUCUAAUGUGGAAGCUCCACCCCUCCCGCGGAUUAUCUUGCGCACAUAAGAGACCUACCUUAGAUGCACUUUACUUCAUUUUGGCAGUUGUUGCUGUUGAUGUCCAUGUCCAUGGCCUGCAGCCACCAGUUCUUUGUCUCCACCUUUAUCCAUAGAUACGAAGCACUCUAAUAUUCCUUCAUGCUAAUGGGUUUAGUUGGCAACUCUUUCUAUGGGUAAUCCAGUGACCUUCAUGUCCACAGCUAUUUGUAGUUGCUGGAAUACUGGGAAGCCUGGAAAGGUGUGUUGAACAUAAACCUGAGUGCAUUGCAGUUGGAGAUCUUGGCGACACUCAGAAAUGUUUUCAUCACUAGCGAGUAGCUUUCACGCAGUUGUGGCGAUUUAACAAAAUGUUGCCCCAAAAUCACUGGAGACUCCAGCAAUAUCCGCCUAGCCUAAUAUACAUUAGAACUUCAU